AUGGGCAAAAUCACGAAGACAAUGCAAGCGAGGCAUAAGGAGACUCUGUCUCCUUGGCUCCGAAAUUACAUUCAGACUACCUCGACGACUGCCUUGCCCCUCUUGCCAAAGCACCUUGCCAGCUUUCCGUCGAGAUGGCCGUUCGGCCGCGGCGAUCUUUACCACUGGAUCCCCCUCCUGAACCGCUUCGAUGGCAUUCUCGAGCAAUUCUGCAAAUCCUACCAGCUUCGCGAGGGUCCCCAACCGCGCGACUUUCGUUUGGACCUAUUGCUGAACCGGAAGAAUGAAUCAAUCUUGAGUGACGAGAGAGUGCUCGUAGAGGCCGUCCUGCGAUUCACCCGCAUGCUUCUGGAGCACUGUGGUAACCGAAGCAUCUACGCCAGCAGCGCCCACCUCAACGACUUGCUCAACAGCACGUCUUUACCCAUCAUCAUCGCCACGCUGGAGGUGGGCUCCGAGUUGGCACAGAGAUAUCAGGCCUCUGUCAAGCGCAUCGGGAGUUCGUCGAGGCAAAUCAGCGCGGCUCUGCUGGCAAAUCACUACAACAUCGACCUGGAUCGAGUGCAGCAGUUGGCCUUGCCUUUUGUUAAGACCCCGAUCAUCAGCCUCGCAGACUACACAUCUUCCACGACCCCUGCCUCUGCCAAGGGCAAGGACAAGGCGCAGGCUGGUGGCAACAGGAACGCGACAUCCAUGCACGCCAACGAUCUUGUUGCCGUGGCGGCGGCGGACGACAAGCGUUGGAAAGAUUGGACAGAUGUUAGAGUCUUCUACUACCCUCAAGACGUUUCGUCCAGUCCAGAUGCAACAGUCGACCACGGUCGCUCGUCUCUGCCGUCGACCCCCACUCCUCUGCGUCGAAGUUCGACCAUGAAUAACCAGCAGCAUACCCCAAGACCGCGAAAUGCUGCUGUGGAUGAUUCGUCGCCCAUCGGACCCCGCACCCCGGCUGUCGCGGACGAGCAUGCUCCCUCGGGUCAAAAGUCGGUUGACAUUCCAAGAUCAGCCGUUGCCACGACGCCGAUUUACGAGCUCGUCCAUCGGUGUCCUGACGAGAUGCUCCCUGCGGCCAAGUACGAACUGUUUCAUCGGCUGCGUGUUGCCAAGGCCCUUGUGGAGUCGACCAAGGCGCGCCAGCAGAUUCUGGCCAUCCGCCUGCUCGCGAUAACCAACUUGGCGUACAUCCAUACCGAGUCCAAUUUCGUGGAGAAGGUCCUUCGCCAGGACAUUGAUGAGACUCGACGAUACCAGCUUGUGUACCAGCUCGCCGAACUUAUCCACCCAUCGGCGGAUGGCAAGACCGACGUGCCUUUGUGGCUGCAGUCCAUCGCCCUGGCUUUGCUCGAGGCCGUCUCGGGAUUCCACGCCAGGUGCCAAGACGUUUUGUCCGCCCUCAACGCCAACGUGAAUCACGGCAUUCUGCUCUACGUCAUUAGAAAAGCAGUUGCAGGCAUGGCAGAUGACAGCGUCGCCGACAACAGCGAACAGGUUACCGAGUCCGACGAAUGGCGGAACAAUUUGUUCUCUCUGACACUUCACUUGUCCAUGACUACUCGUGUCGGAAAUGAGAUGGUGUCUGCCGGUCUGAUGGAUAUUCUUGUCGAGAUACUCAGUCUUCGAUCCAAGAUUUCUCAACGCCACCAUGCUAUGGUCCUGGCCUUUCUUGAUGGUCUCAUUUGGACGUACCAGAAUGCUUUCACUGCCUUCUUCAAUGCUAGCGGUCUCGACACAGUCGCGAAACUGCUUGUGGACGCUGUCGGCGAGGCACAGGCAUCGCUGAGCUCAUCCAAGGGCAUCAAGGCUGAUCAGCAGUCGAGUGCGGUUGACUACGAAAUUCCGUACUACCAGCAGCAGACCCUCAAAUGGCUGCUCAAGUUCAUCCAUCACGUCAUGUCCAACUCGUACACUUAUAACGGAAACACGGACCGGCUCGUGCGAAACCUGGCUGAAAAGUCCGACUUGCUGCGCAGUUUGCGAGAGAUCAUGGAGGACAAGAAGAGCUUUGGCUCCGUGGUCUGGACAAACUCGGUCACCAUUCUGAGCGACUUCAUCAACAAUGACCCAACAAGCUUCGUAGCCAUCUCCGAAUCUGGCAUGAUCAGGACCUAUCUCGAAGCCAUCACGGGCCGGCCAAUUCCAGAUGGCCAUGGCGACGAUCAGAAGAAGAAAGAGCGAGAUGAGGCAGAUGAUGAUGAUUCUCCUGACGGCUCUGCCAUCGCAUCUCUCGUGGACCAAGAUGAACGACCGCACCCUCCGCCAGAAGAUGUCCUUCGGCAAGGUCGACGUAAUCAGUUAGCCAAGGGGAUCUUGGCCUCGCCAGAGGCUAUCAACGUUGUCCCUCAGGUCUUGAACUCCAUCUCUCUCAACAACACUGGGAUGAAGCUGGUGGUCUCGUCGCGAGCCUUUGACAGCUUUUUUGAGAUAUUCGAGAGUCCUGCUCACGUCAAGUGCAUGGACUUUGAUGGUGAGCUCGCUCACAACGUUGGCGGUAGCUUCGACGAGCUUGCUCGUCACCACCCUCCUCUGCGGACAUCAAUCUCAAAUGCCGUCAUCGACAUGGUCGCGAGGGUGCGCUUCCUUGGCCUGGAGAAAGCUCGCUCGUGCGGCUGGGGCGCAAAACUCUCAGUCACCGGCUCAAAUGGCGAACUUCUCUCGGUUACUGAGAGUGGGAAGCUCGUGAACGCAAGCAAGAUCCCGCCUCAAGCGCGAGAACAUGCAGCCCCGGGUGACACCGAUGUCGACAUGUCUGACAUAGUGUCGCCGGACGACUCGAAGACGGUCAUCCGAGACGAGGAUGCAUCAGAUACCCCUUCUGAGUCGAUCACGCCAUACAUCCAUGCUUUGGCCAGCUUCCUGGCCGCCUUCUUGUCCAAUUCUCUUCUGAAGACCAAUUUCAUCAGAAAGGGAGGCAUCGAACUCCUUCUCGACGUUUGCGAAUCUCCCAGUCUCCCGGCCACCUUCGGGGACUCUCCUGCAUCCCGAGUCCUGAAUCAGGUGGUGUCGCAACUGGUCGAACAGUCCCCCAUUCGCGCCUUGCCUUCGCUGCUACGUCGUGCUCAGGCUUCAGUCGAUGUUCUUAAGCCCCUCGCAGCCAAAACAGAGACCCUUCCGCCGUACUUUGCCGCGUUUCUCACCCCCGACCUGGGACCCGUCCGCGCCGAUGAAGAGGCGCCUGAGUCUGUUUUGGCAGGGACCAGGCUCGUCAAAGCCCUGUUAAACGCACAGACCUUCAUCAAGAUCAUAUCGGACUGCUUUUUCACCUCGAGGAACAACAACCUGUCGUUCUAUCCCGUCAAUGUUUACGACUAUUACCUCGGGUUGGUCAAAUCAAUCGGUCCUCUACUGCGAGGAGUUUUAGCCGAGGAGGCGGCACAGCUGUCCGUCAUCCCCCAGCACUGGUCUUUGAGACGCCAUCCGCCUUUAGGCGACGGCGGCGCCAGAGACGGUGAUGCCGAGACUGAUGAUACGUCACUGCCCGAUGUUUUGAACACCGCAGGUGGCUGGGAAUCUUCUGGCGACGCCGGAGGCCCUACCACAACGCGCCCGACGGAGUUGGAGCAGUCCAGCGCACGCUUUCAAAACUACGAGACUCUACGGGUGCUACUCCAUCCAAUGAUUCCGACAUCCUUCCCCCUGUUUCAGUCACUUGGAAAGUCGCUUUUGCCGCGCCGCAGCGAGCCAAACCACCCCGAACCUUUCACGAGAUCUCGCCAUCUCGAGAUUGCCAAGGCUCUCGCUGACUCCAUCUUGGGCCACCUGGGGCCUUCAGUCGCCAUGCCGGAUCCGACGUCAAAAGACUUUCACUACUGGAUCAUCAUGCUUCACACCAUUCAUGAAAUGCUGAUUGACCACCCGUCGACAAGGCAAACCGACCGCUCCAACGUCCACAUCAUCAUGCCUGUUCUUCUUGCUUUCAAGGAACGGGGCGGCUUGGAUGUCCUCAACUCAAUGCUCAAGGUUUUCACCGUCGCCGUUCGCCAUGGGGCCGACACAGCUCUGGAUGAAUCCUCAAAAAGCAAGGUUGCAGCAUUUGGGCUGAAGAAGGUGCUCGACUUGUACUUCUUCUUGAUCAAUGGGAAGCAUUUGUCAGACACGGCCAACUACUUUAACCUUCAGCCUCGACAUCCAGACAGGGCCAACCCCAUUCUCGUCUAUCAGCAAAUUGUCGUCGAAUUUCGUGCGGCUGUGUUGCCAGCCGUGAUGGAACUCUGGGAUUCGAAUUUCGUCGACAAGAUUCCGGAUUCCACGGUCAAACGCUUACUGGAUAUCCUCAAAAUCAUCUCAAGCGGCGAUCACGAACUUCAAAGUGUCAAUAAGCACUCAACUCCAUUUGCCCUCUUCAAGCAAACGGAUGUCCGCUUUGACUGGCAACCACUUCGCAGCGUUGUCAAUGAAGCUCUGAAUGCUGGCUACGACCAAGGGCUAGUGCACGAGGCAGCAUACAGAGCAAACGGGAACGGUGCUUUCACCACCGAGUACUGUCGAUCCCACAAAGAUGGCCUGGCCGGUUUGCGGAAUCCGAUCCCGCUUGAGGAUGCCGACACAUCCGCAUUGGUGGGGGCCGGCACGCCUUCGAACGAUCGAGAGUCUUCGACCGUUGAACCGGAACCCUCAAACGGGCCGGCCCUCUCUGAUGCUGAUCGCAUGUCGUUGGACGCGCUGCCUGACUUGACUGCCGAGGGUUUGCGGGAUCUGAUUGAACGCUCUGAUCACAUGGACGAAACACAGGAGUCCCAAUCAGGCCCAACGACCUCGACGCCAACGGUUCCAGCAGCGGAUGGUGCUAGCCGCGAUGCCAUGGCUCAACUUGUGGCUGCAAAAGAAGGACUGGACAACCUGAGGGCUAAGCUGAGAGACAGCUUGAUCGAACAGUGCUUGGACGUCAUUCGAGCCCAUCCGGAAACGGCCAUUGAGGUAUCCGAUCUCAUCACCGCCAUGGUUAUUCGACGACAGAACCACGAGGCCCAAGAAGAUGUCGGGUCGACGCUCACUUUUGCGCUGUCGUCCCUUGCCUUCGACGAGGACGAGAAGAAGCGCAACGGUAAAUGCAUUGCUGCGUACGCCCACCUUCUGGCCUUGCUGCUUCAGGACGAGAAGUUCUUUGAACGAAACAUGGAGACUCUACGAGAAAAGGUCGACGAGUACGUGGCUUUUCUCAAGAUACCCUCGUCUUCUUCCACGGAAGAUUUGCCGCCUUGGAUUCCGUUCAUCCUCUUGAUUUUGGAGCUCUUCCUGUGCCACGACGAGCGGCCUGUCCCAGCGCAGUGGAAAGCCCCAAAGUCUCUGGAAGAACCGGUCGCGGCACCAGUCGUUCAGAUGGGAACUGCCUUGGUUGGCAGCCAAGAACGCACGAGGAUACUAGACUCCUUGCUCGACCUGCUUCCUCGGAUUGGCAAAGAAGAGAUGCUGGCAACUGCUGUUCUCAGGGUCUUGGUGAUUUUGACAAGACGUCGCGACGCGGCAAAGCUUGUGGGUGAGAAGAAGAACUUGCAGAGGUUAUUCCUGAUGGCCAAGCAACUGUCCGGAUCAGGCUCCGAGCGCCUGAAGCAAACGAGGUUAACCGCAUACAUCAUCACCGUCCUCCGUCACGUCAUUGAGGACGAGGAGAUUGUCAAGCAAGUCAUGCGCGCGGAGAUUCAAGCCGACUUUCCGAACAUACAAAGAAACCAGCGAGGGCCAACCGAUGUGACGACAUAUCUGCGAGCCAUGGCGCCGGUAGCUCUUCGGGCCCCUGACUUGUUCGUGGAAGUCACAAACGAGCUGCUCGAGUUCACGAGGUGGCAGCCCACGACUAGCGACGGAACCCGAUCUCAACCCCUGGCCAUGAAACACACUGCCAAAGAGACGUCUGAGGAGGAAAAGCCGUCUACUGAAGGGUCUGCGAGCCAAGACAUCAAGCCGUCCACAGAAGCUGCGGACAAGGAAAUGACCGAUGCCCCCAAAGCACCACAUGACAGCAAACGGCCUGUCGUCGAGAACCACGAUGGCGUCAUACAUUUUCUACUCUGCGAACUCGUCAAUUACCGCGAAGUCGAUGACAAGGAGCCUCCCGCUGUCGGCAAAGACACCAAAGCUGAACCCGAGUCAAGCGCAGAGGGUCAAGACGUCUCGAUUAGGGCCACUACAGCUGCGGACGAGAAGGACAAGAAGCAGCCAAAGCCUGUUUUCAAGGCCGUGGAGCAUCCGAUAUUCGUUUAUCGAUGCUUCUUGCUCAGCUGCUUGGCAGAGCUCCUUCAAAGCUACAUUCGAACCAAAGUGGAAUUCAUCAACUUCAAACGAAGCGCGCCUCCUCCAACAUCGCAAACUCCGAUCAAGCCAAGAUCCAGCAUCCUGAACUAUCUCAUUUACGAUUUGCUGUGCCAGGGAAAUCUCAACGGAACGACGGACAGCAUUGCGUCAAAGAAGAAGGCCGCAACUUCGUCUCUGACACAAAAGGUUCUCGUGGCACUCGUCGCCAAAACCAACGAGAGGCCAGUGGAGCGCGGUCGCGACAAAUUUGCAUACGACGACGAGCCUGAUCUACUUUUCGUGCGCAAGUUUGUCUUGGACACCAUUCUGAAGGCAUAUGAGAAGGCGCCGUUCACGGAUGAGCCACUAGAAACUCGGUACACACGGAUGCAGUGCCUUGCGGAGCUCAUGAACCAUAUGAUUGGCGAGAAAGACAAGGACCAGAGCUCUGGUGCUCGGAAUGCCGACAAUGUUCAGUCCCGUUCUCAGGCGCAGCUGCGGCGUCUGAUGUAUGAGAAGGGAUAUGUGGAAAAGUUGACAUCGUCCAUUGCAGAAAUCAGCCUCAACUACCCCGGCGUCAAGAGAGCCAUCAAAUACAUCCUUCGCGUCCUUCGGGCCCUGACCGGGACUGCCAAGGACCUGAGCCUCUCGCCUCUUGCAAGUUCAUUGCCGUCUGACCCCGUCGCCGACAAUAGCGAUGAGGGGUUCGCAUCAACCUCGUCUCUCUCGGAUUUGGAAGACGAUCGAGAAGAAACCCCCGACUUGUACCGCAACUCUGCCUUGGGCAUGCUCGAGCCCCGAGGUGAGGAUGACGAGUCAGAAGACGAGGACGAUGAUGAUGAGGACAUGUACGGCGAUGAAUACGACGACGAAGAAAUGGACUAUGGAGACGAUGACAUUUCCGACGACGGGGAAGACAACAUCAGUGACGAUGAUGAGGAGCUCAGCGGAAUGGGUGGCAUUGAAGGUCUGCACGGCGAACCUGGUGUUGUUGAAGUCAUUAUGGAUGACGAUGACGAUGACGACACCGGUGACGACGACGACGACGACGACGACGACGACGAGAUGGACUCUGCGGACAUGGAAGAUGUAGAGGACCGUGUGGAGAUAGUGGACGAGGAUGGCAAUCCCAUCGAAGAGGACGGGGAUUCAGGCUGGGAAAGCGAGAGUGACGUUGAGGAUGAUGAAGGCCAGGAGGGCGAUGAGCUGGACUACGAAGGAGAGGUGCAAGAUGUGGAUGAAGCUCACAUGCAUGACAUGGGUCCCGGUGGCUUGCUCGAUAACAUGGCUCGAGCCAUCAUGGGGGAUGAUGGUGGAUAUGAGCCUGAGCUUGGCUUGGACGAUCACUACCUCGAUGACGCUCACGAUGAAGGCGAAGACGAAGAGGAUGAAGACGACAUGGAAGACGAGGAAUACAUAUAUGAUGAUGACUAUCCUCACGAUCAGCCACCACCGAUGCCCGCCCUGGGAUGGGACGGCUUGAAUCCUGAGGUAGACGAUCGCCACCGCCAGCUCUUCUUCCUCGAGGGCAAUCACAGGAGGCCGGUACUGGCGCGGAUGGACAAUCGCAGCCCGUUCACCCCUCGUUUCAUGGCAGGAUCGAAUCGCGAUCAUCUAGAUUUCCGCAGCUACUUCUCUCGUGGCCAUCGUUCGGCCGGUCCGCAGUCAAACGCAGAGGAUGGCGUGAACCCGCUCCUUCGACGGCACCAGAAUGCAUCGGACGCGACCUCGCGCCCAGGUCACAGCCAUUCGGUAGGGCUCAGGCUACCCGAGGGCGUGUUUGGAGGCAGACAUGCCAUGGACGGACCCAUGGGCCUCUUGGGUGAACUGAUGGAGUUUCUUCCAAUCAUGGGACGCAACGCCGGUGGCCAAGCGUUUCACUUCCACAUCACCGGCCCGGGUGCCCCGCGCGAGACCCGCGAAAUCGGCGCGACUCGAUGGCCCAGAAAUGAACAACGCCGAGAUGGUUCAGUUCAGGAGCCACACCAAGCAGUCUCGUUCACGCCCGAGUCGACAUUGGACCGCUACCAGGAGGAAGCAAGAAUGAUUUUUGGAGCGAAUAUCACCGCCGAUGCUUCCAAGCUCAACAACAUCAUUGUCGCCAAGCUUACGCCCGCAGCCAUCGAGCUGGAAAAGAGGAUCAAGGCACAGGAGGCCGAGGUUCAGAAGCGUCUCGACGAGGAACGGAAGAAGCGCGAGGAAGAGGAGCGCAAGGCUCGUGAGGCCAAGGUCGCCGAGGAAAAAGCCGCCAAGGAGCAGAAGGAGGCCGAAGAGCGAGAAGCGGCCGAGCGGGCUGCCGCCGAGGCUGCCGCCAACGAUCAGCCCAGUAAUGAUGAGCCGGACGUUUCAAGUGGGCAGGCUGGUACUCAGAGCAGCGCGACGACCGAAAGCGGUGGUCAGCCACGCGUCAUGACGACUCUGAGGGGCGAGGAGGUCGAUGUCACGGAGCUGGGCAUCGAUCCUGAUUAUCUUGCGGCUCUGCCGGAAGAAUUCAGGGAAGAAGUCAUUGCCCAAACUGUGAGCGAGAGGCGGUCGCAAGCUCGCGAAGAGGCUGCAACGGGCGAGUCCACCGAGGUCUUCCAAGAGUUCCUCGACGCCCUUCCGGAGGAGUUGCGUUUGGAGAUUGCGCAGCAGGAAAGGCAAGACGAACGUCGUCGACAGCGUGAAGAGGCUCGCCGCCAAGCCGCUCACGCCGGUGGCCCAGUUGCGGUCGCAACUGAGAUGGAUCCCGCCAGCAUUUUGCUGACCUUCCCGCCCGAGUUGCGUGAGCAAGCGUUGAUUGACCAGGGCGAGAACAGAGUUCAGCGGCGGACUGUAGUCCAGAUGCUCGACAAGUCCGGGAUUGCGACGUUGCUGCGGUUGAUGUUCAUUGCCCAGCAGGGGUCCAUCCGCAACUAUCUGUUCAGCGUUUUCGCCGACGUUUGCGAGAAUCGACAGACUCGUCUCGAGGUCAUCAGCAGUAUUCUGCAAAUUCUCCAAGAGGGCAGUGCCGAUAUGAAUGCCGUCGAGCGAAGCUUUGGACAGCUCUCGCUGAAGGCGAGGAGGCACAAAGACAAGGAGGCUGAAGCGAAAACUCCACAAAACCUCAGGAGGACGUUGACAGGUGUGGCCGCCACCAGCACCGCUCCGACAAACUCGGAAACGUCGCCGCUCCUGAUUGUUCAGCAGUGCUUGGACCUUCUUGUGGAUCUCUGCACGCGAAGUCACCACAUUCCAUGGCUUUUCUUGACCGAGCACGAGAUUGUCGGGACAACACUGAAGAGGGCACUGAGCCGCAAAGGCAAGGUCAAGGACUCCAAGGCUCACAAAUACGCCAUCAACUCCUUGUUAACGCUCUUGGACCGCGAUUUGGUGACCGAGAGCUCCCUUGUGAUGACCCAUCUUGCGGACUUGUUGAACCGCGUCACGCUUCCUCUCCAGAACCUGGAGCGCCGCCGCAGGGAGACUGCCGAAGAGACCAAGGCCGCCGAGGCAGUGCCUGAGGCGUCGAGCGCGGCUGAGCAGGCAGAGUCUGCUGAGACCCACGGCACGACGCCUGGCCAUGGUCAAGCCUCAGACCAGCAUGGCCCUGAUGCCGAGGCUACGAAGGACGCGGAAGAGAAGAAGGAGGCCACACAGAAGCGCCCUCGUCAACUGCAGCCGCCAGUCAUCCCGCCGCAAAACCUGACGCUCGUCGUGCGGAUCUUCGUGGCCAGAGAAUGCAACUCCAAGACGUUCCAGAACACCAUCUCGACGAUCAAGAACCUGUCCGUCAUUCCGGGAGCAAAGGAGGCGUUUGGUCAAGAACUCGUUCGCCAGGCGCAGCUCCAGAGCGAAAACAUCGUCUCCGAUCUGGACGAUCUUCUCCCGCACAUCAGCCGGGCCACAACCGGAACCGAGAUCCAGGGGGUUGCCCUCGCCAAGUUCUCUCCAGGCGCAUCGGAACAAAACAAGCUCCUCCGGGUUCUCACCGCACUGGACCACCUGUUUGAUGGCAAGAAGAAGAUCCGAGACGAGGAAGAUGAAAACGCGAGGGAGAAGGAGAAGCAAUAUCUGGUCACCUCUCUUUACCACAAUUCCACCUUUUCGGCAAUGUGGGAGAAGCUCAGCGCCUGUCUGCGGGCUAUUCGUCAGCGAGAGAACAUGCUCAACGUUGCCACGAUCCUGCUGCCCCUCAUCGAGUCUCUCAUGGUGGUGUGCAAGAACACAACAAACGAUGACCAGCCUCAGAGCCAAAUCUUCAGAGACAUGGUUCUUUCCAGCCCACCUCCAGAGUCCCGCACUGCAAGUCUUUUUUUCAGCUUCACCGAGGACCACCGGCGCAUUUUGAACGAGCUUGUGCGUCAUAAUCCGAAGCUCAUGUCAGGCACCUUUGCUCUCUUGGUCAAGAACCCCAAGGUCCUUGAAUUCGAUAACAAGAGAAACUACUUCAACCGCAGUGUCCACUCGCGCAGCGGGCAAAGCAAUGGGCGGCCGUCGUACCCGGCGCUGCAGCUGUCUGUCCGCCGCGACCAUGUCUUCCACGACUCGUUCAAGUCUCUCUACUUCAAGUCUGGCGACGAGAUGAAGUUUGGAAAGCUCAACAUUCGCUUCCACGGGGAAGAGGGCGUGGAUGCUGGAGGCGUCACCCGCGAGUGGUUUCAGGUCCUCGCGCGCCAGAUGUUUGAUCCCAACUACGCCCUGUUCAUCCCCGUCUCAUCCGACCGCACGACCUUCCACCCGAAUAAGCUCAGUGGCAUCAACGACGAGCACCUGAUGUUCUUCAAGUUCAUUGGGCGCAUCAUUGGCAAAGCCCUUUACGAGGGUCGGCUGCUUGACUGCUUCUUCAGCCGCGCUGUGUACAAGCGGAUUCUCGGCAAGUCGGUCUCGGUCAAGGAUAUGGAGUCAUUCGACCCCGACUACUACAAGUCCCUCUGCUGGAUGUUGGACAACGACAUUACCGAUAUCAUCACCGAGACCUUUUCGGUCGAAGAUGACGAGUUCGGCGUCACCACUGUCGUAGAUCUCGUUCCCAACGGGCGAGAGAUUUCCGUGACCGAAGAGAACAAGCACGAGUAUGUGCGUCUCGUCGUCGAGCACAAGUUGCUGUCUUCUGUCAAAGACCAGAUGGAGCACUUCUUGAAGGGCUUUCACGAGAUCGUACCGGCAAAGCUUAUCUCGAUUUUCAACGAGCAAGAACUCGAGCUGCUGAUUUCCGGCCUUCCAGACAUUGACAUUGACGACUGGAAGAGCAACACGGAAUACCAAAACUACAAUCCUUCAACCCAGCAGAUUCAGUGGUUCUGGAGAGCGGAGCUAGAGGGUAUGAACGGUAUCAACCGCUUCAACAUCCACCGCGACUACGGCAACAAGGACCGCCUGCCUUCCUCGCAUACUUGCUUCAACCAACUGGAUCUUCCCGAGUACGAGACGUACGAUAUGUUGCGUUCUCAGCUUCUGAAGGCUAUUACUCAAGGAAGCGAGUACUUCGGAUUUGCCUAA